CUGAUCCAGAGCCCAUAAAGGGGGCGGCGCUCCGGCUCAGCAGCCCAUUGCUUGUGCAGUUUGAGGACGGCCGCUUGCAAGAGACACGAUGUCGCUCGGUCGGCUCUCCCAGCUUUCCUCCCUCCUCCGCUCGGCCGCGAGCGCGACGCUCCGCAGGAACGUCGGCGUCUCCGCCGUCGUCUUCAACCGAACCAAGGAGCUGGACCCGGUACAGAAACUCUUCCUGGAUAAGAUCCGGGAGUACAACACCAAGAGCAGGAGUGGCGGUGGGGUGGUUGACGCUGGCCCGAGUUACCAGAAGAACAUGACGGAGGAGAUCACCAAGCUGCAGAGGUUUUUCGGAGGUGGCGACCUGACCAAGUUCCCCGACUUCAAAUUCACAGAACCCAAGCUGGACGAGGUGGCCAAGUGAGCAGCCUUCAGCUCGAAACUGUUUGUGUUCAUGACGUUUAAACUGAUUUCAAUCAAUAUUUAAUAAACCACCUUGGUUUGAAAUGGUG